AUGACGGACCUCACUGUGCUCGUGUCUCCAAUGCCACUGCAUCCAGUUCCAAGUGGAAAUUUCACAUUUGGCAGGCGUUCAUUUCGAGCACAGAACAGGCCGAUCAUGGUCACUCUUGAAACGGAAGUCGAUGAAGAGGCUGACGGGCAGAAACCUGUCGUGGAGUCUCCAACUAACGGAGAUUUUAUAGAUCCUCCCACAUCCCCUCCACGCAGGCCACGUCCGCCUAGAGUAGUAGAACCAGACCUCCUAGCACCACCUGUGAAUACGUGGAAGUCAAGGCCGAGACACCGACCUACGCGCUCACAAAGUGCUCCUCCAGAACGAAGAGUAGCACCUCCUGUUGACCUAUCUGCAUCUCAAGAGGAAGGAUCUCAAGAGCAAAAGGUGUUUUACAAAGAAGCUCUGGGUUUCAAGCAACGCAAUCCAAACAGGAGUUUUACUGCCUUCAACCUUAACCGGCAUACAAAUCAAGGAGGAGAGCUUGUCCGUCCACCUCCACCACUUCCUUAUCAAUCGCAAUUCAUAAUGUGGGUACAAAGCGUCUUCUUGUUCUUAGGGUCGACAUUCCCUCGCACCCUGGCCGCCGGUACUGUCAAUCCAGCGUGCUCCGCAGUAUCAACAUCAACUCAAUUUCCGGACAACGUCGACAUUCACUAUCUUGAGCCCAGGCAAUUAGUAACUCCGCCUGUACCAUUACCCACGAACCCCACAACGACGUCGACCUCAUUUGAUUUUUGGUGGCCUUUCCCAGCCGCCACGACCACCACCGCGAAUACUUCACCCCAAACUCUGAUUACCGUCCCGAUUGCACCGGUUGCAUCAGUUAUAGCUGGAAGCUCAAAUCUUCGCACUGAACCCUCUCUGACUUCCGACCUUUCUUUUGUCCCCAGUAUUGCUGCUCUCCCACCCACCGUCAGCACCACACUCUCCACCUCGUCCUCCGUAUCAUCGAGGCCACAGCCAGCAUCGAGUUCUUCAAGCCCCACACCAGUGUCCAAUGCCGUUGCAAAACCUUCAUCCAAGCUUGGGUAUCUAAUACCUAUCGUCUGCGGAUUCUCUAUUUUAAUUCUCGGCUUUGCCUGCUGGUUCAUUUACGGCUGUUGCACUCGGAGACCUCGUGUGCGUACUGACGACGGGGAACUGAUAAGUGGACCACCAUACAUAGGCAAUAAUGAAAAUGAUGCUCGCCGUGAUAUCGAGCUCCAGAGUUGUGGCUCAGAGGAUCCUGGGAUGCUUGAUAUACCGAAGAAGGGCAGCCGGAGGUUCAGUAGUCAGUUUAGGUGGCCCUCGUUCAAUGAACCACCGGCGUUUGACCCUGUGAAAGGGUUUUACGUGCCAGAUGAAUACAAAGACGAUGAAGAAGAUUAUUAUACCGCAUCUUUGCUAGUACCUCCGGCAGCAGGCAAUGUGCGGACUAAGUCGUCUCGGACUCAGAGAUCGACAGCUGCAGUGAAGAAACCCUCACCGAGUGCCGGUCCUUCUGGCGCUGCUUCUAUAUUUUCUGAUGCGACGUCAAUUGCUCUUCUCGAUAUGUAUGAAAGCGACGGUGAAGCAGAGGAAAGACGGAGGGCCCAGGAAGUUCCAUGGGAGAGCCUUCGGCAUAAGAGCAUCAAGCGUGGUAUACUCGAGCAGGUCCAAAAGGAGAAUAAAUGGAUGGACUCCAUCCGUGGUUCUAUUUCUCGCGGCUCUGCAUUUUUGAGCGGUCGUAGAAACAGCAAAAGGAGGGAAGAAGACGAGGAAAGGCUUGUUUCUGACACCGAGGGUCACAACGAAAACGAGAGAAGGAAUCUGCGAAGAUCUGUUGGGAAGAGACGCGGGCAUGUGCGAGCCGACUCCGAUCUGGUCAUCGACAGCGCAAAAUCAAAAGAGCUUGUCGAUCCUUCUGAAAACCCCAUCCCGGCCUUAAAACCAGUGAAAAUGAAAGGAUUACCUGAUGAUUCUUCAAACUUGACCCGUGGUCACCGAAGCUUUGUCCAACUCAAAGACGACCCAUCGGACAUCGACAAGUACACGCCCUUGCCUACCCGCACAACGGAGAAUCGUAGUCGUAGUCGCAGCCAAAGUCGCAGCCGUAGCUCAAGCCCUAUCAAACGACCAUCUGCUACCGCAACCUCUCGACCAACCUCUCAAGAGCGCAGAAGUCGGCCAAUUACCAGGGAUAUCCUCCCGAACAGUCCUUCCCAAAUAAUGUCUCCGCCAUUGGAGAGCCAGAUGUGCUUCACCCCUAUUCCUCCAUUGAUGGAGGUCAUGUUGAGUCCCGAGCCUGCUCGCAACAUGCGGAACAAAUCAAAAUCAUCUUCGUCAAAUAAGAGUGUCAUGUCAACCAAAACGUCUACACCCAGCCGAAAAUCGAGGAAGCUUCAUGCUCGCACGCCUCCUCAUCUCCCUUUUCCUGGAAGCGACAGCCUUAUGAAUCCCAAACCUGACGCCUACCGUGGACGCCUGCUGAAGAAGCGAAUGUUCGGCCCUUCGGGCACGGAUGCCUCAUCGUCGAGUAAGAAGCUGCCUGCUCGCCCGCCACAACGACAAGAUUCUGAUGUGUACAGGACUACCUAG